AUGAGUCUCGACCAGAGCAACAUGGUCAGCAGCCAACACGAACUCUUCAAACGCAUCUCAAGAGCCGAAGAGAACCUGAAGAAGAUGGGGCAAGCGAACAUCACCCUCGCCGCCAUCGAGACCGCCAUUUGCAUCCUCGACGACCUGUGGGCAAAGUUCGAGAGUCAGCACGAUCUGAUUCGAAACUGCUACAAGGAUUCGAGCCGCUACGCUGAAAGUGAGUACGCUCAAUCAGACUUACUCGAGGCCGCCGAGAUGGCUUACGUGCAGCAACGUAGCGUCCUGUCCGGCGAAGCCGACCGCCGCAAGCCCGCGCAAGCCUCCACGCCGGUGGAGCACGAUAACGACCGCGCGUUAAAAACCUCGCUGCCCCGUAUACAGCUGCCGCAGUUUUCGGGCGAAUACGAGAAGUGGCCGUCCUUCCGUGACGUCUUUCGGUCGGUCAUCGGCGAUCAGUCGUCCAUUUCGGCAGUCGAGCGACUGCAUUACCUCCGCUCGUGUCUCAAAGGUCCGGCUGAAAAUUUAAUACAGUCGUUAACGAUCACCAGUGAGAAUUACGAUCGCGCGUGGGCAAUUCUCAGUAAACACUACGAGAAUAAGAGGGAACUGAUCCGCUCCAACUUCGCCACGUUUACCGCCGUGGCGAAGAUGAAGGGAGAAACCGCAGAUGAGCUGAGCCGCGUCCACAACGCCGUCACGGCCGCAGUCAAUGCUCAGGAGAGCAUCGGGAGGCCCAUCGAGUCUCACGGAAUGGACCUCUUCAACCACCUGGUUGUCGAGCUCUUCGGCCCGCGAACGCGACUUGAGUGGGAGUCCUCCACCCGCAACUCCGUCGACCCGCCGGAUUAUGAGGAACUCAAGGACUUCAUCUCGAAGCGCAUCCUCACGCUGAACGCCGCGAGACCGAAACCCGCCGCGAAAGCCCCCGAUUCCACUCG